CAGACUAUUACAAUCGUACUGUAUGCUGAUGGAUAAAGUCACUGCCACUUUCGGAUGAGAACAGGUGCGGUUAAUAGACUAAUAGCGGAACGAUCCAUAUCGAGAUGUAUGUUAAUUAGCGUAGGGGUGUGAGGUCGUUCGCUAGAAUUUGUAUAUAUUGGCGGAGGCAGACAAGUGUAGUUUAAUGUCUGUUUGUUGUAUGAUACCGUUUAUAUCACCAUUAGUAUUAGCACAAUGGCCUUACGGAAGUCUUCACCUUUUAGGGUUCUAUCCUAUGUAAUAGCAUGUACACAAAAAUCACAGCUUUCUGUCAGCAACGGGGUUGGUAUGCGUAUAGUUCGGAAGCCCUCAGACAUAGCUACACACGUAAGUUCAUGUAUUGGAACGCGGCGGUUCUUAAGUAUGGGCAGCAGAUCUGCAACGAGAGAGAAUUAUGAAGGGUCGGCUAUUAGUUAUCUGUUGCCAAGGCGACGAAGCUACAGAAGUUCUAGUACCACAGCAAGUCCCGGGCUAGACGCUACGAUACAACCGCCAGAUGUGCCAAAUGGCAGCGACUGUGUGGGUAACGUAGAUACCUUAGCACAAAAGCCUCCAACUAUACAUCCCAGUAUGAAGAAAGUGGUGAGCAAGAUAGUGCGCCUAGAUGAUGCACGCUUAGCGGAGCGCAGUUGGCAGCAACUGUUGGCGUGCCGGGGUGAGAUCUUGGGAUUCAACCGUAAACCUGGACCGUCACAUGAAAGGCUAGGCAUUGAGAACCGUGCUCUCACAAAGGAGGCACCGAGAAUAGAGUCGCCCAGCCUAUCAACCCACCCACUAGCGGCCGAGCCUGAGUCGAACCACGUGUCAGUGACCAGAGAUUCAGCUGAGCUCCCCCACACAAAGCCUCACGUUGCUGAUCCAAUAGAGCCUGCGCUACGACACCUGUCCGACCAUCCCCGGUUCAUACAGGAGGCACAACGGGACCUGUUCCUGCGCAGCUUGCUUCAGACUCCCACGGGAGGUAUGCAGUCCAAGCUUGAUUAUCUCCAGCUGAUACUGAGCCAUAUGCCCGUCGUACCUACCGAGGCAACUGUGCAAGUAUUGGCCGGCGAAGUCUUGCAUAGGGCUCGCCCGCACCAGGUGAAGCAACUGUUCGACUUCGUGGAGAAGGGCCCGGUUGCGAUCGAGCAGCAGAUUGUGUUUGGUCUUCUGAGCGCAAGCGCGAAACACACAGACCAUUCGCAAUUGGAAAAGAUCGUGGCAGUGCUCCGGAACAGCCGAGCGGUACGCGAAGCGCCUGCCUGGAAGAACGCCAAUGAUAUCAUCAACACCAAACUAGCUGGCCUGGACGAGCGUGCUGAGGUAGCCCACCAACAGGCUCAGCUCAGAGGGCACCUGUACACAAUGUAUGCACAGACCAUCUACGCGGGAUUCGCCGAGGAGUACCACCACCAGGGGAGACAUGAACUGGUCACGCAGAUGGUGGGCCCACUCCUACAGACCAAACAGGCGUUAGGGCCGAGAUUGGCCGCGUCAUAUAUAACCUCCGUCAUGCACGACCACAGCUACUUCCAAGCGCGUGUGCUCAUGCGCUGGUGCUUUGAUCAGGGUCUGAAUUUGAAGGCGCGGGGUGAUGCUAAAGGCUGUGCCGGCAUCAGCAGUGAGGUCUUCUGGGACAUCAACCAGAGGGCUUCACGAGACAUAGUAACGGCCUACGGCUACGCAUGGCUCGACACCACUCCCGGACUAGCCCCGGCGAAGACCCGCGUGGUUGGAUUCAGACAGGCAGAUAGGUUCUGUGAAGCGGGCAAUGAUUCGAACGGUAAAGUGUGUGGAGGUACGGAAGAUAGAGCGGAUGAGCCAUUGGAAUCAAUUCAUGUUGGCUAUAAAAGGAAACCGCCGGUAUCUCGCGACAUGGGGACGGUGCAGAGGAAGAGCGAAUGGGAUCUCAUGGAACGUGGCAGAGGCAAGGGAAUGCAGGCAAUGCCGCCGUUGUCUAUGGCGAUUGUUGACGCGUUCCUCAAUAUGGCUGUCCAACUGGAGCGUGUGAAUGUGCGAGUGCCCUGGGAUAUUCUGGGCCAUGUGAAGGUGCUGGGUCUGAGCCCUACCCAUCGAACCUAUAUGGCGUGCACCACAUUGGCUGCUCAGAGCGGUGCCCUCACUGAGUUUGAAGCGCUGAGGAAGCAGUUGGGAUUUGAACGAAACAACGGAAACGCGAACAUGUACGGUUCUCAGUACAAUCUGGAGCUGAUGAUGAGGCUAAAGUUUGUCGUCACUGCUGGCAUAGCUAAGCACUACGACGCCGUUCGGAAGGUCAUGUCGGAUGUGACUUGUAUGGAUACGGAGUCUGUCAGACAGUCCCUUCUCUUGGCGGAUGGGCCAAGUAACGCGCGCCUAACGGAAGCAGCCCAGGGCGAGCUACUACUGGCAGUGAUGGAGAGUUGUUCGCGAGCAGAGGAUCGGCCAGCGUUCGCCUGGACCGCAUCGCUCUAUAGGGAGCUGAUUCCGACUAAAUUAUACACCGAAGGUUUCUACAUCAAACUUCUGAACAGCCUUAGGUUCCAGCCAAACUCUACCGUGGCGGAUGUCGCAGCCCUCGCAAAGGAGUGUCGAAGAAACGUGCCUAGCCACGGAGCACCUUUCUAUGGCGCGUUCUUGGUGACAUUGGGGAGCAUAGUACAAGAGUCCGAUGUACACAGUGUUCUGCUGGAUGUGUUGAAACUGUAUGAGAACAACGCAAAUUCGAGCAAGGGCAGGGGAGGGGUUGUUGGAUUCGAGAGUGGGCCUUAUAACGCAGCCGUGUAUAUUUGUGCGAAGCGCAACCUAACAGAGUUAAGCUGGGAAUUCGUUGAGCGGAUGCGGGCGACUCAUGUCAAGAUUCAUCCGAUCACGAUCAAACCUAUACUUGUGUCGUAUAUGGAGGCGGGCGACUUCCACGCUGUCUGCGAAAAAUUCAGGUUUGCAGUGGAACGGUAUCGAAUUUAUCCAAAUCCGCAUAUUAUCGACAUGGUAUUAGAAGGUAUUUAA